CUCGACCUUGAAGCUGAAUGGCUACAUCAACAUCAAUAGGUUGCCGAUAUGGCGCAGCGAGAACUCCUUCACGACCUUGUGGAGCGCAGCCGCGAGCGCGUCGUGCAAGUACGAGCGGGUAGUAGUUUGCUCCAUGUGCUGCACCAGCAACAGUUGCACGCUCCAUCUCUACUGAGCUCGUCGACUUCACUGCCGGUGCUGCCUCCAGCCCCAACACUAGUGAUCGUACCUAAGCGCCAAGCACGUAAAAGUCUACAUUUUCAAGUAUCAGACGAAGGACAUCAAGCUCGCCAACGACGUGGAGCACUCCCUAGACUUGCCAAAUCCGUUGUGCAGCUUCCCGAGGCCACAACCUCCUUCGAGCAGUAUCAGAGCUUCAUGGCCACCAAAAUCUACAGAGAGGAGACCAUGCACCUGCAAAAUCGCCGAGCUGCAAUCGUUCCAAAGGAUGACCUGCUAAAGAAGUUGGCUACAGUUUGUGCUGCAGCGUUAAAGGAAAUGGAGAACGCGGAGGAAGCUCCGGCUGUGCGAGAGUCGCUGGGAGCAAAACUGCUGCGAGCGAUGGCACUGCUUCGCGGAGGGCGUGCUUUUGAACAGGCCAAGACGCUUGCCCCGCCUCCGCCUCCUGCUUACGGAGACAUAAAGAACGCGCACCUGGCCUUCCAGCAAUUUAAGAGCGAUGAUGUGAACGUCACCAAGCAGAAACGAGUCCACCCGAGUGCCGAUCUGCAGGAAGGUAAUACAUCGAGCAAGACACCGAUCCAUUUCGGUGAUAAAAUCUGUCUACUAUCAUCGAGUUCCGACUUACCGCUCGCUAUUGGGCCUGAUGGCCGUAGUCAUUCCGCUCGAGACCUUUCCGCUGGACCGCACAUGACAUUUACCAUUGUGGACUUCCGAAACCCGUCACGCUACGACGAAGUCACCGCCACAGACGAUUUCUGGCUCCGUGUUGACCCUGCAGUUCUAGCACCUCCCAUGUGUGACCCUCGCCGUCCUCAUGCCAAUUCUGGAGUUGGUGAGGGCUCAGAUCAGACAGCUGAUAGUGGUGGCGACGGCGAUGUAGCCUCGCUACUCAGUGACACAAGCUACUAUCUAGGCUGCCCGGGUUGGCUUGAUGACGGUAAGUCUAACUCAACUUCUCUCCAGGAAUCAUCAAUACCGACACACAAUGGAAAUACUCAAGCUCGAAUGACAGCUACGGACGAAGAUCGUCGACUGCGUGGACAGCAGCGGUUUCGUUUAGUAGCUAUGAAAGCUUUGACACCCUCAAGAGAUUACUACGGUGAUGAUGCGGCUACACGCGAAUAUGCAAUGGAAACGAACGAAGGAAUUAUGCGCUUAGCUCGCUGGCGGUUUGUGCGGUACAGUCCUCCAAAACACGAGCAACUAAUACGUGAGAGGGCAGAAAAUGUCCGUCAUGGUAGUUUAGACAACGAACAAGACGUCAACGAUGCCAUGGUGAAUUGCUCAACAGUAUACCUUGUUCUUAGUGACUUUGCGCUCGUAUACGACAGAAAUCUCAAGCGUGGAGUGGGGAUUCGUGUGUCGUCAGAACCAUCAUCAGAAGUUUUGAAGCUCAACAAUACUUACCCCGAUAAGAGAGAGCGUAGACGUCAACAAAGGACUAGUGGAGUGAUCACGAACACUAUCAUGCACCUUUCAGCGUGUGCAAGGUGGCAAGUGCGUAUUCUACAGCGUACUGGAGGUAUGAACUACUUGAAGGAGUUGGAGUUGGCUAUGGCUGCUGUCGCAGGUGACUAUCGAAAAGAGGAUGGUGCACGUGUGGAGUGGCUGCGCGAGAAGCAGGAGAAAUUGGCAGCGAAUGAUCGCCGAUUGCUCGCCAAGACUAACCUAGUGCCUGACGCUCGACGCCAAUAUGACCUCGUUGUAUCCCAAAGUAACAGCAAGCUCGAGCAGAUUGAGCGGCAGAAGGAUGCGCAAGCUACAGAGUACUUUAAGCGGCGGCUUCGAGCUCUGGAGACGAUGGAAAGUGGUCACCAGCUGCAUGAAAUUAUACACCUGAAGCAACAACAGCUUCAUCACGUUGUUGAGCUCCCGCAUAUAUGAGAGCAACCGGAUAUGCUUGAGGUUUGAAUUAUAAGCAGGGCUUUGACGCUUUGUACGUGACUACAAAUGAAAUGACCUGGUCUUGCGAACAUGCCGUAUUAGCUUGAUUUCCUCGGCGAUCACUUCUAUCCACGAGCCUGCUUUCUUUAACGAAUGACAAGACCACCAACUCCGGAGUCCGGACUCAGCAAGUUCGACAUCUUUUACGGCUAACUCAGUAGGCCGCGAAACUCGCAGCAGAGUAACAAGCAGCCUUGAUAAUUUGGGCCUCGAGGUAACGCAGUCUGGCAUAUGCACGAGUGGAACAGGAACAAACACUGCUAGGAUCUAAAGGAGCAAAAAGUGUUAUUUAC